AAGCAGCAACAAUAUGGACAACCCAGAAGAAUGGAGACAACAGGCAUGGGCCCACUUGACAAAACUCCGGCAAGAGUGCCCAUUAGUCCAGUGUAUCACGAACUUUGUAUCAAUGGAUUUAAUGGCCAACGUGCUUUUAUCCGCCGGAGCAUCGCCGGCCAUGGUUCACUCAAUUGAUGAAAUCCCUGAAUUCACUCCUAAAGUUCACGCGCUCUGCAUUAACGUGGGCACACUCACUCCUGACUGGCUACCGGCCAUGAAGGUGGCUGCAGAGACGGCGAACAAAGAAGGGAAGCCUUGGGUUCUGGACCCUGUGGCAGCUGGUGCUUCCAGUUUCCGGUUGAUGGCCUGUCUUGAACUUCUUGGGAUGAAGCCAAGUGUUAUUAGGGGUAAUGGGUCUGAGAUUCUGGCACUUUUUAAGGGUUCUGUCGACCCCAAUUCAAAGGGUGUGGACAGCAGACAUGAAUCUACAGAUGUAGUGGAAGCAGCAAAAUCCCUGGCUCAACUGAGUGGAUGUGUGGUAGCAGUGUCUGGAGCUGUUGAUGUUGUCACAGAUGGACAGCAAGCUGUCAGCAUACGAAAUGGAGUAGCCAUGCUGCAGAAGAUUACAGCAACAGGGUGCUCGGUCACUGCCCUCAUUGCUGCGUUUGUUGCAAUUGAUCCUCUACACGUAGUUGAAGCCACAGCUUCUGCAUUGUCUUUGUUUGGUGUAGCCAGUGAGAUAGGGAUGGACAUGGCAAAAGGUCCAGCUUCAUUGCGGAUGCACUUGAUUGAUUCACUUUAUGGGCUUGAUCAAGGUACAGUUUUUAAUCGAGUGAAGAUAACCAAGUUGUAAUAAUGCAUUAGUGCAAUAGAAUGUACAUAGGCAAUAACUAUUCCACCUACUUGAGUCAUUUUUGCAGUCUGUAUUGAGCCCAUGAUGCAUGAUCAUUCUUAAGGAUCUGACUUCUUGAAAACUAGAUUAUGAUCAUCUUAAGGUCUAUACUAUAUGAAAAUCAGUUCUAGAUCAUUUGUAGUAAAUAAUCGAGCUGUAUUGUUUUAUGCACUUACUACUGUCUUCCAUCUUUGAAUAUAAUUUGCAAGCUAUUGGAAUAGAAA